GCAGGCUGGGUGGCCGGGCCGCUGGCGGCCACCGCGGGAGAAGCAGCGGCGCGUGACGCCGUGGCGGUGGAGGGGACCGAGCGCGCCGUGUCGAGACCCCGUGGAGAUCUUCCCGCCUCGGCCUCCCGUGAGGCCGCCCCGCCCCCGUGGCCCGCGCGCGCUGUCACCUGUCCUCAUCACCUUCCCUGCCCUUCAGCGCCCGCUGCCCGGUCCCCUGCCCCGGCCCCGCCAUCCGGAUCACCUUCCUCUGCCCUUCUCCGCAGCUCCUCGGCCGCGCGCUCCGGAGGACGGGGCGAGGCAGCGACCGGACAGCGCAGCACCCUCGCCGCCGGAGCCGCGGCUCCCCACCCGGAGGUGCAGCGUAGACCUCCGCGUUGGGGCGCAGGCGGCCGCGCCUUCCUGACCCUGCGCACGGGGACAUCUGGCUCCUGAGCGGCUGUCGCGGGAUGUGAUGUGGGGACACGGAGCCCGGGACUCAGGCUCCUGUUCAUGCACAGAGCUGUGAGGCGAGGACCAUGAGCAGGGCCGGCGACCCUGCUGACCUUGGCGUCCUCCUCCCCAGCACCGGAGCCACCGUCUGACCCUGGACGAUGGAGAUGGACGAAGGGGCCGAGGCCUCCGCCGAGGGCCACUCCCUGACCAAGGCCGCGCACCAGGGCCGGCUGCGGCUCACCCGGCUGCUGCUGGAGGGCGGUGCCUACAUCAACGAGAGCAACGAGCGCGGGGAGACGCCCCUGAUGGUGGCCUGCAGGAGCCGGCACCCCGACAGCCAGGGCGCCAGCAAGGCCCGGAUGGUGAGGUACCUGCUGGAGAACAAGGCCGACCCCAACAUCCAGGACAAGGUGGGCAGGACCGCGCUGAUGCACGCCUGCCUGGAGCGGGCCGGGCCGGACGUGGCCGCCCUGCUGCUGGACCACGGGGCGGACCCGAGCCUGCAGGACCACACGGGCUGCUCGGCGCUGGUGCACGCCAUCCACGCCGAGGACAGGGACACCUUGCAGGUCCUCCUGAGCGCCUGCCAGGCCCGCGGCAAAGAGGUCAUCAUCAUCACGACGGCCAAGUCGCCGUCCGGGCGGCACAUGACCAGGCAGUACCUGAACACGCCGCCCCGGCCCGCCUGCGCCUCUCCCUCCGAGAUAGACGUGCGGACGGCCCCCGCCUCGCUGGCGCAGGCUUCUGAGACUGAACAGACACUCUUCGGCUUCAGAGAUCGGGAGCCCUCCGCAGGCACCGAGGAUGCCUGGGACCCCGGGUGCCCUGCCGGGAAGCCGGCCCUGCCCGCUGGAGGCCCCAAGCCGCCCCCAGCUCCGGCCUGGGGCAAGAGUGCCCCAGCCCUGAAGCAGCAGCACAGAGUGGCCUCGCUGCAGGAGGAGCUGCUGGACGCCGCCUCAGAGGAGGAGCCCCCCGGCAGGGCCCUGGCCCUCCCUAAGCGCUUGGUCACCAGGCACCAGAGCAUUGAUGUGAAGGACUCGGCUCCUCUGCUGCGCGCCUGGGAGCAGGCCGACGCCAGGAAGGCCGCCUCUGAGGACAGCCACCACCAGGCGCUGCUUCCAGAAGGAGACCAGCUGCACCCUGAGGGCCCCCCGGAGCUGGACGCAGACCCCGGCCUGCCAGCCGGCUCGUCCACCCUGAGGAGCGUGGUGCAGAAGCGGAACUCGGGGGCGAAUCACUACAGCUCUGACUCCCAGCUUUCAGCCGGGCUCCCGCCCACAGCCUCGGAGGACAGCAGAGCGCUUCCCGGGAAGAAGAAGACCCUCUCCGCUUCUCCUUCGCUGCUGUCUGGGCCCAAGGAUGCGCCUGAGAGCGUCCCGCCGGGGCCCCUGGGCAGGCGGGGUCAUGUGGUCCUCGAGCGGCGAGGGUCUGGCCCCUUCCCUUUGGAGCACAGCCUAGCGCAGCCCAGGCCCGGGUUCCUGCCGCCCCUCAACGUGAGCCCCUUCCCGCCCGCCCCCGAUGGCUGCGCCGGCAGCAGGCUCUGCAGCCUCCUUGCUUGCGGUCAAAGAGUGCUCGUGCCAACGGCACCUGCUUUCCCUAAAGAAUUCAAAACCAAGAAAAUGCUGUUGAGGAGGCAGUCCUUGCAAACCGAACAAAUUAAGCAACUAGUAAACUUCUGAGAGGGCCAGAAGGCACACCAUCUUCAGACGUCUACAUCGAGAGAUAGGGACCGAGGGAGGGAGGGAUCUCGCAUGCCUGUCCUUUGUCACAGCAUUGGCCAGUCCAUCAUGAAUGGGAGCAGGGUGUGGUGUUUGGUGUUAAGCGCUGUGAACAUACAAAUAACACAUAGUUUCUGCUAAGAGAAUUCUCUCAAACCACAUGAAAGCUAUUUUCAGAAGACUACCAAUAUUAUAAACUUUCACAUGGUUCCAGUUUUCCGUUUAAACAAAACUCAGCAAAGAAAGGUCAACUACGUUGGAGAUAAUUUUUUAAAAUGUCAGAUUGGCUUAAUAUUUUAUUAGAAAAAUAAGAUCGUAAUUUUCCAUGAUGCCAAAAGCAUAAAAGAAAACACUGAGAGCUAGAAAAUGUUCUAGCAUCAGUAAGCCUAAGCAGCAAAGAAGGAACAAGUUCUUCACCAACAUUAACUACAGGCAGGUAAAAUCUGAAGUUUUAAAAGGUCAAAAGCUAUAGAUAGACUAGUCAACUAAUACUCAUGAUGUUAGUGAAAGCACCACACUGUGGUCAGAGGUGCAAGUUGCUAUAAUCCAUGCUGAGUUCUGUUGUUUGUUUGCUUUGCUUUGUUUUUCAAACACACGUACCUCUAUUGUUAUCUUUUCGAAUUAUUCUUCCUCUGUAUCUUUUAAUUCCUAUUAUUAUAUCUGGAAGCUUAUUAUAAGUUUCCAGUAACAAGAUAAUACAAAAGUUAAAACUAAUUUAAUUACUUAAAUUAGUCUUGUCUUCCAAAAAGAAACAAAUAAAAAAAAGAAAGAAAGAAAACACCCCAAACAAAAAAAGCUUGGGAUUUGUCACAAAUACAAAAUAAAUGCCUGCUUACUAAAAAAACCUGAUUAUUAGAUGAGUUUAGGUUAGCUAAAAUUACUAAAGCCAGUAGAAAAUCAUGAAAUGUAGCAAAUAUUUGGUCAGUACUAUACAAUAUCAUUUUGGACAGGUAGUAAUUAGAAUUCAUAUAAUAAGGAUAACAUCUUGAGUGUGACAUUCCAGCUGUCUAGUAUUUUAGGACUUAUGAAUAACUUCUAACAACUUCUAUUAUAAAAUACUGAAAAAUGACUGUGUUAUCUCUGUAACUUCAAAGUAUGGUGUUUAUACCAAUAGUCCUCAUUUCAGUCUAUCCUUCCUAAAGCAAAGAGUAGAUCAAACUAUACAAGAGCUGAGCGUCCCGAUCUGAUGACUGUCAGAUACAGACUGCUUUCUUUGCCUUCUGUAAGUACAGGAAAUCCCAACACCUGGCAUGAUGCUUUUCUUGGUGAUUGAUUCGAUAUAAGCAAGUUGCAGCUUACAGAGUAAUUAGUUACUUGUGGCUUUUAUUUUUUAAAGUAUUUGGAGUUUUCCAUUUAGUGUUUUGAAGCCAAUACUAUUAAUUACACUAGAAUUUUGUUUUAUCUAGAACUUAAAAUUGUACUAGAUGUUUGUAAAUAGCUAAGUGCUUUUACCAAGAAAAGUGCUGGUAGCUGGGCAUGGUGGUGUACCCCUGCAAUCCCAGUACUUGGGAGGCUGAGGCAGGAGGCUCACUAUGAAUACAA